AUGCUAGUUUCCCAUGUUUGCGUAGUUGACGGCGCACUGCACUGCGCCGGCCAGUGGUGGCCGAUGCGCGUUUUACCCCGCCGAGUUACGCCCAAACGUGCUAUACUGACGCUGGUGUCCCUGGGCCUGCUUAGCGUCCUGCUCAGGAUUCCACUAAGGCUACCUUUUAUUAGUCAGAAUGAAGACAAUCACAUCGCCUACCAAGCGGAGGAUGUGGAAGAAAAUGCCAGUUUACCUAAAAGGCAUUGCAGGCUGCCGCCGCUAGAAAUCUGGCCAGGUGACUUGCAACAGUCGAAGAAGGACGGCGAACCCUCACCGUUAAAUUGCAGUCUCACUGGUCUCCAGUUUGUCGUGGAACAGGCCACGGGUGGUCCACCAUCAUACCCACCAUCUCUCCUCUCCCUGGAGGCCCGGUUAGAUCGCGGCGUUCUGCGCCUACGGAAGGUGGACAAAUCAUCACCGCCUAUCCGUUGUGACCUUUUCCCCAUCAUUCGGCUGGAUGACUUUCGAUCAAUAUACGGCGAGGUAGAGGAAGAGGUUCGCGAUGGGCACAGACCGCGGCAUCCGCACAACAUGCUUCUCUGUCAGCCGGUAGCGAAUUUCUUUCCCGGGAAACUAUUUAACUGGCGUAGGGAGAGCCUUCUCAGCCAGAAACGCUUCUUCUUUUGUGGGAGUUCGCCCGCUCCUGCUGUAGAACCGGUGAAGCAUGAGGACUUAUCAAAUGUUCUGCUGUUAGGCAUCGACUCCCUCUCGCGACUCUCCUGGUUGCGAUAUCUGCCUCGAACUAUGGGCCUGCUGCAACGACUGGUGCAAGAUCGGGGAGGCAUCUUCAAUCUCUUCAACAUUGUCGGAGAUGGCACCACUGCGAAUCUGUUGGCUCUGUUAACUGGGUACUUUGAACAGGAGUUGCCUGAGGCCAGGCGGUUUGUGGCUGAAAUCAUGCCUGGCCAGGCAGGACUCCUAGACGCCUCGCUGAGUAAGGAGAGUGAUCGAAGUGAGAUAGCAAGCAGCACGGUGCUGGAUGACUUUCCGUGGAUUUGGGGGGAGUAUGCCGGGCGUGGAGGCUAUGCUACGCACUACAUCGAAGACACCACCAAUUAUGGCACCUUCCAGUAUCGCCUAAGGGGAUUCGGCUCUAAGAAGACACCGGUGGACAGCUAUGGCAGGCCAUGUCUCGUUGCUGCGGCUCAAGACGAAGCGAGAUAUGGCAAGAGGCUGGGCUGUACAGCCUCCACGUGA